UUUUAAAAAUUCUUCUGCGAUGCCUCGCAUUAUUGAUGGAGUUAAAUUUGAUUUUUCUGAUGUGUUGUUAGUACCUAAACGUUCAACACUUAAAAGUCGUUCAGAAGUUGAUUUGAAUAGAGAAUUCAUUUUUAAACAUUCAAAACAACAUUAUAAUGGCACUCCUGUUGUUGCUAGUAAUAUGGAUACCGUUGGAACCUUUGAAAUGGCAAAUGCUUUGGCGCAAGUCAACUGCUUUACUACGAUUCAUAAAUGGUACACAAUAGAUGAUUGGAAGAAUUUUCGAGAUCAAGCUAAAGAAAACCCAAAGAUUUUUGAUAAUAUUGCAGUCUCCUCUGGUUCAAGCAACGAUGAUUUUGAUAAAAUACGUCAAGUUUUGGAAGCUGUUCCCGAAUUAAAAUAUAUUUGUUUGGAUGUUGCUAAUGGUUAUUUUUGUUAUAGCGAAACUUUUGUUGAUAUUAUUCGACGUGUUCGCGAACAAUUUGCAAAUCAUACAAUUUUUGCUGGAAAUGUGGUAACAGCAGAAAUGGUUGAACAAUUAAUUCUGACGGGUGCUGAUUUAGUUAAAGUAGGAAUUGGCCCAGGGAGUGUUUGUACAACUCGAAGCAAGGCGGGUGUAGGCUACCCACAAUUUAGUGCUGUUUUGGAAUGCUCAGAUGCCGCCCAUGGUUUAGGCGGGCAUAUAAUAAGUGAUGGGGGGUGUACCUGUCCAGGUGAUGUGGCUAAAGCUUUUGGAGCUGGAGCUGAUUUUGUUAUGUUGGGUGGAUUGCUUGCUGGACAUGAUCAAUCUGGUGGAGAAAUAAUUGAAAAGAAUGGGAAAAAGUUCAAACUCUUCUAUGGAAUGGCUUCAAGUACGGCAAUGAAAAAACAUCAUAGCACUGUUGUUGCUGAUUAUAGAGCUUCUGAAGGGAAAACGAUCUCAAUUCCAUAUAGAGGAGAUGUUAUGGCAACAAUAAAGGAUAUUUUGGGAGGAUUGAGAUCUGCAUGUACUUAUGUUGGUGCUCCAAAAAUUAAAGAACUUUCUAAACGUGCUACUUUUGUUCAGGCAAGUUUUUUUUUCUUGAACAGAGAGGAUUUGUAA